AUGGCGAGCGAAGGCCCUCCCUCGAGGUAUCCUCCCUCAAUGGGGCCUGGUGCGCGACCCGUCAAUAAGCCUGGAGACUCGGAAAGAUCAAAGCUGCUUGAAGUCAUGCAGGCAAGGUCCAAAUACAAAGUCUCUGUCGAGCCGGAAACCCUGUCUCUGAGCUACGAACUCAACAACUCACCACGCCUCUAUCGACUGUCAUUUGACAAUAUGCCUUUGCAUGGUCUUUCAAGAUGGUGGAUAUAUGGUGGGUCUAUGAGGGCGCGAAGAGCCGGUGUCCUAGCUAUCGACCUCAUACGUGGCUCCGAAAACGUGGUACAGAGACCGGUCACCCAACAAGAGGCGGAAGCUCUGGCAUAUUGGACUUCACGAAGACUCCUUUAUGGCUCUCUGGCCACCUUUGCAACCUCGGCGUUUGGAUUCUACCUGGCGCAUAGAGGCCGUGCCAAAAUGAAAUUCCCUUUUGUCUCAGCAAAGCCCUUGGAGCGGUAUACCAAAUUCCCUCUUCAGCGGUUUCCCGUCAUAACUGGCCAGCUGGCUCAAACGGCCUGGCAGGUAACGAGGUAUGUCAUUUGGAUGGAGCUGUGCUUCCUGGUCGGUACGCCUGUCAUUGGUGCUUUGGGUAGCUUCAGUGCUGCGACAGGGAUGGCUACCGAUCCACGGACUCAAGGCCUCAUUCAAGCAAUGCGAGAAAGAGGCCGUGGCGACAUGAACCGCACGCUUUCAAAUAUACCUGCGGAGUGGCCUCAGCAGCCUCAGGGCCAAGACAGCAGUCGAGAUGCGCAAUCUGAUUCCCAGUCAUAUUACCAAGGCGUCGAAGGCGGCGGCUCCCCAGACGGCACUGUUGCCGAUCGCAACCACGAGGGUGAUAGCCUUUACCAAAGUGUAGCGAGUGACACCGGUGUUUUUGACGACUCCAGAUUAAGGGACCGCGAAAGGAAACAACAGCAAGGAUACCCAAAACCGCAGCCAUCAGGGCAGAUGCAGGAGAACACAUCGUCCACCUCUUCAGCAGACCCCGACCCCUUCUUCUUCGACGACGCCUCUCCCACUGCCGGAAACGACCCAGACAUGGCCACACCCUCAGGUUACAGACGUUCUCAGGGUGGAAGCGCCUGGGAGCGCAUACGAAGGAGCAAUUCUCCUUCCUCAGCCGGCUCCUCCACAGCGACUUCUAACGCUGACUUCCGCCGCCAACGACUCGAAACCGAGCGAGCCCGCGAAGCCCGCGAAGCCCGCGCGAAUCAGCUGGCAGAACGAGAUUCUGGGAGCAACGAAAGCGUCUCUUACGGCAGUGGUAGGGACGGACGUGCUAGAGAACAGGCGCAACGGGAGUUUGAUGAGAUGUUGGAAAGGGAAAGGAUACAAAGUGGGAGCGACGAGUAUGACAGGGGGAUGGCAGCUGUAGAGUCCCGAGAGGAGAGAAGGACAGGGGAAGGAACGAGUGCAUGGGAGAGAAGGCGGGGAGGAGAUUGA